AUGGCUUCAGCCGCAGAAGUCCAGCCUGGCCUAUACAAUGCGACUGAUGAGAAAGGCGACAUCGAACGUAGAGGCAGCGUCGCAAAAACAGAGAAAGGAAGAUGGGAAAGGUUAUGGCCUGUGAUCGCAUGCGGAGCUGGACUUUUCAGCGAUGGCUAUCUCAACAAUAUUAUUGGACCGGUCAACACGAUGCUGAAGACUAUUUACCCAGAUUCGUAUGCGAACUCCUCUGCUCAAGCAAACGUCGCAAGUAUAACUUUUGCUGGCACAGUCGUUGGGAUGUUGUUCUUCGGGUACACAUCUGAUCAUUUUUCAAGAAAAUGGUCGUUAUUCACUUCGACCAUCAUCAUCAUACUUUUCGCCAUCCUGGGAACGGCGUCUUAUGGAGCAGGUGGAAGUCCGAGUGGUUUAUUGACGGCGCUCGUUGUAUAUCGGUUCUUUCUCGGAAUAGGCAUCGGUGGAGAGUACCCAGCGGGCAGUGUCGGUUGUGCAGAAUCUACUGGCGAACUCAAGCAAGGCACACGGAACAAAUGGUUCAUCCUCUUCACCAACGUGCAGAUUGACCUGGCCUUUUUUAUCAGCGCCAUCGUCGCUACUGUCGUCGUCCUUGCUACAGGGGAGAACCAUCUACGCGCCGCCUGGCGUAUCUGUCUUGGUAUCGGUGUCAUCCCGCCUCUCUCGCUACUCUACCUCCGAUUGAAGCUACAAGAGCCAGAGGCAUUUAAGCGGGAGUCUCUGGCCAAAGCGAAGACACCAUGGUUGCUUAUCAUCAAGUACUACUGGUUCCGGCUCAGCAUUGUCAGUAUCAUCUGGUUCAUCUAUGACUUCAGCGCCUACUCAUUCGGUAUCUACGCGACAUCUAUCUUAGCCAAUCUACUGGGCGAAUCGGCGCCGUUAUGGAAGAGUCUGGCGUGGAACAUCCUAAUCAAUUUCUUUUACAUGCCCGGCUGCCUUGCUGGUGCUUUUGUUGCAGAUCUACCAUCCAUGGGCCCUAAGAAGACGCUAUUUAUCGGCGUAACGCUGCAGGGUAUUAUCGGAUUCAUCAUGGCUGGAUGCUAUCCUUGGCUGAACAAACCCGAGAACGUUGCUGGAUUCGUCGUGGUAUAUGGGAUUUUCCUUGCGCUAGGCGAAUUUGGCCCUGGCGAUAACAUUGGUUUGGUUGCGUCGAAGACCUGUGCAACUGGAAUUCGUGGCCAAUACUACGGUAUCGCAGCAGCCGUAGGCAAGAUUGGUGCGUUCGCUGGAUCCUAUGCUCUCGAUGCGUUACAGAAGGCUGCAGGUGAUGAUGAAAUAGCUGCAGGCCGUAACCCUUUCUUCGUCGCAUCUACUCUAGCCUUCGUAGCUGCUGGUCUGGUGUUGCUGCUUCCGCAUAUCGGCCAGGAUACAAUCGACCAGGAGGACGUAAAGUUCAGAGAGUAUCUCACCGCAAACGGAUAUGAUACAAGCAAGAUGGGCCUUCAGAGUGGAGAUGCGGCGGGUGUCGAGGGUGACGAGAAUGGCGUUGUGCCCGUUGAGCAGACAUAUGUGAAAUAG